CUAUCCGCAGCAAGAGAUGUGAUAAAAAAAGCAGCAGCAGCGGCUCCCUGCCUUCGCCCAUCUCCUCGCUUCUUCUAAACCCCGCGCCAUGUUCCUAACCUCCCCUCUCCUCCAACUCUCCUCCUCCCUCAAACACCAUCCCUCCCUAUUCCUCCAUGGCUCCUCUCCGGCCAUCACCUCUCUCCCCAAGGCGUCACCUUUCUCUCUUUCUCCGGCGGCGCCGCCUCCUCCACCUUCGCUCCUCUCUGUCAAGGCCAUGAAGAAGAUGCAGGGCCGCGUGGUGUGCGCUACCAGCGACAAGACGGUAGCGGUGGAGGUGGUCCGUCUCGCCCCCCACCCCAAGUACAAGCGCCGCAUCCGCAAGAAGAAGAAGUACCAGGCCCACGACCCUUUGAACCAGUUCAAGGUUGGUGACUUAGUCGAGCUCGAGAAGUCCCGUCCCAUCAGCAAGACCAAGGCCUUCAUUGCUGUCCCUGUCACCGCCCGCAAUGCCCCCAAGCCCGUCGAUCCCGUCCCUGCCGACCUCCUUGACCUUCCCCUCCAGUCCCAGCAGCGGGCAUAACGCGGGACGCUAUCUCCAUCUUCCUUUUCUCUCUGUUUUCUUCCUAUCCGUUGUCCUUUAUGGUAGUAAAGUUUAUAUUUUUAUGAAAACUUCGUGUUGCUUGAGUAUGUCUAAUGCUGGAAUGGUUGGAUUCCGUCUGUCGGGUGUGUUUUGGCAUUGCUUUCUAUUAUAUUCUCCAUGUGUUUGAUGAUCGUUCAAUUAUGUUCAUGCUCUUCAAUCUUCUUGAUUUUUC